UGGGGGGCUGAACCAGCAGCCUGGGGAUCGAGUUACACUCUCAGAGGCCAGUUUUUUCCUCCUCCAUCUGAAAAGUGGGGGAUGGUGAUGAAGCCAUUCUGUACUUUCUUUCCUUUCUUUUUUUAACGUCUUGAGGACGUUUUGUAGUUAAAAACCUCAUACAAUCUGACUUUUUUCCCGUUUUUACGCAUGAGUUUUUACGCACUGAAAUGAAGGCCAUGCGUAGCCUUUGCGUCGGAGUGGAAAGUUUUAAUUGCGGAUUAUAGUAAAGAAGAAGAGAAGAAAACUCCUGGAAGUUGUGUGGACCAAAAAAUCCGCUAUUAUCUGUCUGCUCCUCGAACCAUGAUUGCGGACUUGCUCUGGGAAACGCUUCUGGAGGCAGGACGCUGUCCCUGGCACGGAUAAGAUCAGCAGAAAGGAGGAAAUUUUAUUAGUAGUUUUGUUGUCGCUCUCCAAAAUGUCCUCCUGCUCCAUUGUUGGCGGAUUUGGGAUGCUUUGGCUUUGGGUUGGCACUGUGAUGGUGAGCCAGGCCGUGAUGUUACACAAAAAUGAAACCAUGUUCAACGAUUUUUGCAAGAAAACCACAACUUGUGAAGUGUUGAAGUACAAUACGUGUCUCGGGUCGCCUCUGCCCUACACGCACACGUCCCUGGUGCUGGCUGAGGACUCCGAGACACAAGAAGAAGCUUUUGAGAAGUUGGCCAUGUGGUCUGGUUUGAGAAAUGCUCCUCGGUGCUGGGCGGUCAUUCAGCCUUUACUGUGUGCUGUUUACAUGCCCAAGUGUGAGAACGGCAAAGUGGAGCUGCCCAGCCAGACCCUGUGCCAGGCGACCCGCCGACCCUGCAGCAUAGUGGAACAGGAGCGAGGGUGGCCCAACUUCCUGAAGUGUGAGAACACGGACAAGUUUCCCCUGGGUUGCCAGAAUGAGGUGCAGAAAAUCAAAUUCAAUACAUCAGGACAAUGUGAAGCUCCUCUGGUCAAAACUGACAUCCAAGCCAGCUGGUACAAAGAUGUGGAGGGCUGCGGCAUUCAGUGCGACAAUCCACUCUUCACGGAGGACGAGCACUCCGACAUGCACGGCUACAUCGCCAUCUUCGGAUCAAUCACCCUGCUUUGCACUUUCUUUACACUGGCGACGUUUCUUGCCGACUGGAAAAAUUCCAACCGCUACCCGGCUGUAAUCCUCUUCUAUGUCAAUGCCUGCUUCUUCGUGGGCAGCAUCGGGUGGCUCGCUCAGUUCAUGGAUGGCGCUCGUACAGAGAUCGUGUGCAAAAGUGACAACACUAUGCGGCUUGGAGAGCCCUCAUCGACAGAGACGCUUUCGUGUGUAAUCAUUUUCAUCAUCGUGUACUACUCCUUGAUGUCAGGGGUCAUCUGGUUUGUUAUGCUUACCUACGCCUGGCACACAUCUUUCAAAGCCCUGGGCACUACGCACCAACCUCUGUCUGGAAAGACGUCCUACUUCCACCUGGUCACAUGGUCCAUCCCGUUUAUCCUCACAGUGGCUAUACUGGCCAUUGCACAGGUCGAUGGAGACUCUGUUAGUGGAAUCUGCUUUGUUGGCUACAAAAACUACAGAUAUCGCGCUGGGUUUGUUCUGGCUCCGAUCGGCGUGGUACUCGUUAUUGGUGGCUAUUUCCUUGUUAGAGGUGUCAUGACAUUAUUUUCCAUCAAAAGUAACCAUCCAGGACUGUUGAGUGAAAAAGCAGCAAGCAAAAUCAAUGAGACCAUGCUGAGACUUGGCAUAUUUGGUUUUCUAGCUUUUGGUUUUGUUUUCAUCACUUUUGGAUGCCAUUUCUACGACUUCUUCAACCAGGCGGAGUGGGAAAGGAGCUUUAGGGAAUUUGUGCUGUGUGAAGCUAAUGUCACUAUAGCUCAUCAGACCAAGAAACCGAUCCCAGAGUGCACCAUCAAAAACCGGCCCAGUCUGUUGGUGGAAAAGAUCAAUCUGUUCUCUAUGUUCGGGACCGGCAUUGCCAUGAGCACAUGGGUCUGGACUAAAGCCACUAUUCUCAUUUGGAAGCGCACCUGGUGUAGGAUAAUUGGACGCAGUGACGAUGAGCCGAAGCGCAUCAAGAAGAGCAAGAUGAUAGCCAAAGCAUUCUCGAAGCGGAAGGAACUCCAAAUGGACCCGGAAAAAGAAUUGUCCUUUAGCAUGCACACAGUCUCCCAUGAGGGUCCUGUGGCGGGUAUUAACUUCGAACUGAAUGAGCCGUCCAUGGAAAUGUCCUCUGCAUGGGCCCAGCACGUGACAAAGAUGGUGGCACGAAGAGGUGCCAUUUUACCUCAGGACAUCUCGGUUACGCCCACUGGGACGCCUGUGCCUCCUCCAGAAGAGCGAAACAAACUCUGGAUGGUCGAAGCCGAUAUCUCCCCUGAGAUGAUGAAACGUAAGAAGAAAAAGAAGAAGAGGAAGAAGGAGGUGCGUUCAGUAGCGCCUGCUGAAGAAGACGUGAAUCCCUGUCACAGAGAGUUCGGGCCCAGCGCUGUCCCUCGCCUCCCCAAGCUCCCGGCACAUCGCAGCCUCGUGGCUAACCUCUGGGAGCGGCAACGGCAGCAAGAGGAGAAUGUCCUUCCAGGCUCCUUCCCGGAAUUCCGACCUGCCUGUCCCAUUCCGUACCAGGAGAGAUAUGGAGGGCUUGGCUAUAUUUCAUCCAGCCAGCGCAGCAGGGAGCCUGGCUUUAACCUCACCAACCCACUGACGCUAAGCCAGUACGAGGGACGAGGCCAGUUUAAACAACCGGCCUGGCAGUCUAAUGGAUCUAAUGGAGUGUUCCGCUAUUCAGGGCAGGAGGUGCCUUCGUCAGUGGGUGGUGGCAGGACAGGCUUUACAACACCUCGAUCAGAGGGCAGGAAACCAGCGAUCGCGCCAAUCCACUCCAGAACCAACCUAAUGGAGGCGGAACUGAUGGAUGCUGACUCUGAUUUUUGACUUCGUCCUGUAUUAUGUUGCUCUGCUGAGUUUGGUCAAAAAGUGCUGGAUACUUUGCACCACAAACUGAUAGAAACAUGUAAGACAGGGUUCCUGUCACUGUGCCUAUGCUGGUAUGUGGGACAUGUUUGCGUGGUGAGCUCCAUAACUGGUUGGUGAUUUCUUUGUUAAACAUUACGAUAGAUUACGCACAGACGGGUUCUGACUGAGUGCCACCGUAAAUAAGGCUGCCAGUUUUGCCAUCAGUAAUGCUAAGCUAUUAAAGACUCUGACGCACGUUGACCUUCAAAUCCGAGCCGUGUGUAUUGGGUAAGUGUGCAUUGACGUUUGGAGAGAUGAAGCUGAUGAAGCUGACUCAAAAAACAAGCACCCUCAAGGUACUAGAAAAUAGGAACUUCAUCCUCAGAAAAGUUACGCUAGAGUUGUGAGGUCACUUGAAGUAUUGCUAAUUUAAAAUGAUUUGGCAUGACGAUAUUAUUAGGAAUGAAUGACAGGUUAUUGUUUGUGUGAAUUACAUGGCAGCUUUGCAGAUUGGCACACAUAAAACAGCAUGUUGUAGGGUUGGGUACAAGCCACCAUGGGUGCGUUUUGCUAAAGGAGCAGAACCGGACAAGGUACCACCACUAAGUUCACAACAUGCAACAAAAAUGGCUGCUGCAUUACGUUUACAUUCGCUCAUUUGGCUGAUGAUUUUCUCCAAAGUGACUUAGAAUUUCAAUCAGUAGCCCAAAGCCUUAACCACUGAGCCACCAUUUCCCUGCAUGUCUCAUAGGUCCUCUUGCAUCAGUGUCGAACUGAGCAAUGACACUUUUGAGUUAAUGUGCAUUUGACUGGAUCAUAGCACCGUUUUACAUAUAUAUAUAUAUAAAACCCAGACCUUACGUAAUGAACCACAUCUCAUGAGAUACACCACAAACAAGAACGGACUGAGCUCACUAGCUCUGUGUUACCUACAUGGUACACAGACCUGGCUCAUGCAGUCAUGGAACUGAUCUAAACAAACGAUAGGGUUAGUACUUUGUUACAAAGAGAAAGUGUAUUCUUAAAUAUUAUUAUUAUCAGUACUUUCAUAUGAAGUUGCCUGGUGCAAUUAUGAACAAGUUUCAUUGUAGAUGUAGGCUAUGUGAAAGUGAGGGCAUUUUUAAUGAACUGACUGUAAAGAAGCUGAAAAUGCUAUUAUCAAUAUUGUGUGUUUGUUGUCUGCUUCCAUUCAAAGUGAUGGUUGUACAGUUCUAUCAAAAAGGCUAUUUUUGUACAUUAGUAUGUAGUUUCUUUCACCCGUAUUCUGUUGUAGAUACUUCGCUUUCACAUUGUGCUUUGGCUCACUUUUGCAUUGUGUUUUGCAGGUUUUCUAAUGUAGAAUGCCUUGUAUUUGUAAUUAUUGAAUGAUUUUUGGAUUUGAAUUUUGCACAUUUAAAUCUGAAAAUGGCAUUGUUUUGAUUUGAAAUUUCAUAUGAAGCUUUAUAAAUUACUCUAUUGUAAUUUGUAUUCCAUCAUUUGAAUGGUUACAUAAAUGAUUAAUAUUGCAUUUAAAAAAUAAUCAAAUAUGCUAAAUUCAAUAUUUUGGCUUUACAAUGCAUUUAAAAUUCAGAUCAUUGUAACCAUAUUUAAUUCUAUACAACCUGACAAAAGCAAAUGAGCACUGAUUCAAACAUUGGCUCUCACUGAUCAGUCUUUAAGUAAAGUCGAAUAUAAUUGUUGGUUUUUUUAGGUCAAACAAGUAAAUCAAUCCGUAUGCAGCUUGAUAAAUGAGGUGCAUGAUGAAGAGAUUAUUAGCGCCUCAUGAUGGACCUGAAUUUGAUUAAAUGUGUCUAAAAUCUGAGGCUGUGCUUCAAAUUCAAAAUUAAAUUGUGUACAUCUGAGAAUUUCAUUUUCAUUUAAAGCAAACUGAAAUUCAGUUUGCUUUAAUUAAAAGCCAAAACUCCAUAUGCAAUUUCAAAAUAAAACAUUAAAAUUGAGAGGUACAAAAUUCAAAUCCUGGUGGCACAAACGUCUUUCCGUAAGUAAUAUAGAAAGAAUUGUAGUAUAUUUUCCUGUCCUUACUAACCUCCUGUCCAUAAAAUAAUGAACUGUGCAGUAUUUUCACAUCCAUGAAAUUCAGUUUAGAAGAUUUGGCCAGAAGUCGAGCUUUUGAAAGAUGAUGUUUAAUUGCUACAACAAUUUACCAUUCCUGUGAUCACUAAAAUAAGCUUUUUGGAUGAGGAAAAAUGCAUUAAAAACAUUUUUCACUACAAAAUGCACAUUUUAUAGCUGUAUAUUGUUGUUAUUUGUAUACAUAUCUAUAAGAGAUAUACAUACAGGUAAACAAAAAAUGUUGUAUAGAUUUUUAUGAAUGACAUGGUGAAUAAAAUAAGGUAUAUUCAUGUAAAAAUAACUUAAUUAAGCCUUACUUUCCACCAAAUAUUAGAGAAAUAUUACUGAACAGUAGAAAGCAUGAGAAGACAUAUUCCAUAUUUCACUACCUGAUGAAACAAUUAAUAGUGAUGUAGCAGUUUCUCUUAGAUCUUGAUGGUUGUGUAAUUGUUAUUAGUGGUAUUUUCUUAGUGGUCUUUUAAAUGGAUUGGUAUCAAGAUGUAAACUAUCUGACUGGUUUAACAGGUGAUGUGACUGAUUCUAGAUGUAUUUGUUGGUUUUGUAAUCUGAUUCAGUGUUUCACAUCUGUGGUAAUGUUCCUGAAUUUCAGGUUGUCUGCAGAGAAAAUGGUGGCUGUCAUAAACAAAUAUUCCAUUAAGAGACAAAAAUGGGUUAAUUACAAAAUGGAUGUUCAUUAGAUCUGUAACUGAAACAAUAAUGCACACCAUUAGGCCAGUUUCCAAUCAGAAAUGAAGUGAUAUAUAUAUAUAUAUAUAUAUAUAUAUAUAUAUAUAUAUAUAUAUAUAUAUAUAUAUAUAUAUAUAUAUAUAUAUAUAAUUUUUUUUCAGCAGGAUCAGGUGUUUUUAUUGCCUACAGACUGCCGGCCAUGUGGGACAUACAGCUUAUAAAUCCACUGAUUUGUAAAAUACUCUGUUUGACUGAAUAUGUGAUUUUUAUACCCUACAUGGUAUAGCCUUAUGUUAAAUUAUGGAUUUCAGUUUAUAGCCUGCAAAAUACUUUGAAACAGUCUUAAAGCUGUAUUUUGUGCAUUCGUUUAUAACAAUAAACAAAUUAUAUUUGACACUGUA